AUGUGCCCGUUGAGAUGGCUACCGUUCAAGGCUCAAGCUUGGAAAUUCGACAGGAUUCUAGGAAGCGUGUUGUGCAUGGCAACCCCUUGGGAAAAUAAGGACCGAGAGUGUCGUUUGAGAUUAAAAACUAAUUUUAAUAAUGACUAUUACGGAAGCAGAGAUGAGAUAGUGCGCGGGGAUAUUGGUGAAGAAUACGAUACGCCGGCUUUUCUCGACGAAAACACUAAUGCUGUGUCACAAAAACUUUAG